AUUUGGUGCAAGAACCCUUGCAAGAAGAAAUCAAAAGCUUUUUAAUGGAAAGCCGAUCAGUUUAUAUGAAACCUUGGCCAUCAGCAACCGAUUUGGUUUUCUUGAAGCUUACACCUAGCUUUUUACAAAACAACAUGAGGGAUGGAUUUGAAACAAAUGAAAUGUUUAGACACUAAAUUGAAAGUAUUUUGCAGAAAUGGGGAAAACACGAAAAAGUGCUAAAAAUUGUAAGGGGUGUUGCGAGAAUCGAACUCACGACCUCUCGCACCCGAAGCGAGAAUCAUACCACUAGACCAAACACCCACAUUGUUGCCUUUUUCACCAGACUUUACAUAUUUAGAGAGUAACUUUUGAAUUUUCUUUUUCUCUACUUUCUCGCUCGAAUUCCGAGAACCAGGUGGAAAAUCUGUCUCUUUCUAGGGUUUAGAAAUCUAGUUCCCGGUUUUGGAAUCGAAUUCGGUCAUCUGAGUUCUUUCCCGCACUGAGUUCCCAGCUCGCAAUCUUUCACUACAAUGGCUGCUCCUGCUGGAGUUGACAACACGUUCAGGAAGAAGUUCGAUCGAGAAGAGUACUUAGAACGAGCUCGCGAGCGGGAAAAGCAGGAGGAUGAAGGGCGAUCAAAGUCUAAAUCAAAAGGUCCUCCUGUGCAGAGGAAGCCCCUAAAGCACAGAGAUUAUCAUGUUGACCUUGAAUCUCGGUUGGGGAAGACUCAGGUUGUUACUCCAAUUGCACCUCUAAGUCAGCAGGCUGGAUACUACUGUUCGGUUUGUGAGUGUGUAGUGAAGGAUUCUGCUAACUACUUGGACCAUAUAAAUGGCAAGAAACAUCAAAGGGCUUUGGGCAUGUCUAUGCGGGUGGAAAGAGCUUCCCUUCAACAGGUCCAAGAACGAUUCGAAAUGCUCAAGAAACGGAAGGAUCCCACCACGUUCUCUGAACAAGAUCUCGAUGAGCGGCUCCUGAAACAGCAGCAAGAGGAGGAAGAACGGAAGAGACAGCGACGAGAAAGAAAGAAAGAGAAAAAGAAAGAGAAGGCGGCAGAGGAGCAAGAAGAUAUUGAUCCUGAUGUUGCUGCUAUGAUGGGAUUUGGUGGUUUUGGUUCAUCGAAGAAAUAGAGGCAUGGAGCCCUCUGCAAAGGAUUAUGUGUGUAUAGGUAAAUCUUCAGACGAAUGCUAUCAUCAAAGAUAUAUGGUAGUUCUGCGGAGGAGCAUAUCUGAAGAGUUUUUCGAUGCCUGCCUGAUUUCCUUGGGGAAAAUUUGUACAAAUUUCAAGCGCUUCCAGCGCUAUAAAUCUUGAUGAUGCCAUUUCAUGACUCUUUGAUGAUGCGCCAUUCCAUGAGUUUUCGACUCGCUUUUCUUUCGUUACCCUUGGUUAACGGAGAAAGAAAACCUCAGAAUUAGG